AUGGUGCCCCUCUGCUUCCGGGUUUGCCGCCCGCAGCAGCCAGCCCCCAGGGUUCUGGAGAGGCUUCUCCAGGACUUCUCUCGCCAGGGGCACACACUGUCCCAGGUGUGCAGGGACAAGGCGGUGCUGGCACAAGAGAACGCUGCCCUGCAAGCCCGACUGGCAGCCGCAGAGCAGGAGCUACGAGGCCUUUCUGAGCAGCUGGCAGAGGCCAGGUCAGAGAAGGAGAGCCUGCAAUGCAGCCUGCUGGAGGUUCAGCAGCACGUGUUGGAGCUGGAGAUGGCCAGGAGCUGUCUGGAUGGCCAAGUUUGUUCAGCCACGCAGGCCAAGGAGGUGAUCCUGGAGGAUGUGAAGGGCCUUCGGCGUGAGCUGCAAGCUGUAAGAUCUUUCAGCAAGCAGCAAUGUGAAAACAUGGCUGAACAGCUCCGCUGGGCAGAAGAGCAGUGCAGCAAGGCUCUCAGACUCUGGCAGUGUGCUCAGGAGGAAGAAAACAGGAAGCUGGAAAAUCUGGGGACAUUCCUGGAGUGCCACCCCGAUGUCUGCAUCGGUCACUGGUUCCACCGCUCCUGCGUGUCCCGCCUGGGGGGUCUCAUUUUCUGUCCCCACUGCGGCGAGGAUGCGUCCGAGGCCCAGGAGGUGACACUGCCGCGCUCCGAGGGGGCGCCGCUGACCAAACCCGGCCAGGAGCAGGGGGGGCGGCACGAGGCGCCCACGCCGAGUGCCCGGAUGCGGGGGCAGGGCGAGGGCCGUGCCCCUCCCCCCGACCCCCGGGCUGAGCCCAUCGACAGCUCGGGGGGGCUGGUACUGCCCCUGCCCUCGGGGGGCACCCUGAGCGCCAGGGGGCUGCCCCCAGGGACAGCCUGGAGAAGCCUGGAGAAGGCCCUGCUGGGACAGGAGUCUGAGAGGAGGAAGAAGCUCCGGUUCCACCCGCGGCAGCUUUACCUGAGCGUCAAGCAGGGGCAGCUGGGCAGGGUCAUCCUGAUGCUGCUGGACAACCUGGACCCGAAUUUCCAGAGCGACACUCAGAGCAAGCACUCGGCUCUGCACGCGGCAGCGCAGAAGGGACACCUGGAGAUCUGUCACCUGCUGCUGCAGGCCGGCGCCAACAUCAACGCCGUGGACAAGCAGUGCCGCACGCCGCUGAUGGAGGCCGUGGCGCACGACCAGCUGGAGGCAGCGCGGUACCUGCUGCGGCGCGGCGGCUGUGUCUACAGCAAGGAGGAGGACAGCUCCACCUGCCUGCACCACGCGGCCAAAAACGGGAACCUGGAGAUGGUGGAGCUGCUGCUGAGCACGGGGCAGGUGGAUGUCAAUGCACAGGUGAGUGUCCACUCAGUGUCCAUGACCCCAAGUGACCCCCAGGACAACGGGGGCUGGACCCCGAUCAUCUGGGUGGCUGAGCACAAACACAUCGAGGUCAUUCGGCGGCUGCUGACGCGCGGGGCCGACGUCACCCUGACCGACAACGAGGAGAACAUCUGCCUGCACUGGGCGUCGUUCACGGGCAGCGCCGAGAUCGCUGAGGUUCUGCUGAACGCGCAGUGCGACCUGCACGCCGUGAACUUCCACGGGGACACCCCCCUGCACAUUGCAGCCAGGGAGAGCUACCACGACUGUGUCAGCCUGUUCCUGUCCCGUGGUGCUGACCCCGAGCUGCGGAACAAGGAGGGUGACUCCCCCCUGGACCUGACCCCCGAGCGCUCCGAGGUUUGGGUCGCGCUGCAGCUCAACAGGAAACUGAGGCUGGGGGCGGCGGGCAGGGCGCUGCACACCGAAGGCAUCGUCAGCAGGGACGUGGCCCGUGGCCACGAGAACAUGCCCAUCCCGUGUGUGAACAGCGUGGACGAGGAGCCGUGUCCGCAGGAUUACAAAUACAUCGCCGAGAACUGCGAGACCUCCACCAUGAAUAUCGACCACAACAUCACCCACCUGCAGCACUGCACCUGCCAGGACGAUUGCUCCUCCUCCAACUGCCUGUGCGGGCAGCUCAGCAUCCGCUGCUGGUACGACAAGGACGGGCGGCUGCUGCAGGAGUUCAAUAAAAUCGAGCCCCCCCCGAUCUUCGAGUACAACCAGGCCUGCACCUGCUGGAGGAGCUGCAAGAACCGUGUGGUGCAGAGCGGCAUCAAGUGA